UGCUUGUUUUUUGUUACUUGGAAGAAUGGAAGGGACCAACAAAAGAUAAGAGCACCACGGCAACGACAAUAAUGUGUCUUCUUGCAUUUCUAGUAUUGCUAUGGUUGCCAUGCAAAGCCGUUCGCUUUCCUUCCAACAAUUAUGUGCAAACAAAUAAUAGUGCCAACUUCAAGGAAAGAAUUUCCCUUCACACAAAUCUAAAUGUAAAUUUAAAUCACGGGUACGUGUCGGAUAUUCAACAUAUUUUACCUCUAAAUUAUAGAAUAACAUCAGAUUCUCAAAAUUUAUCUCGAAACUACGGUCAAAACACGAAAGAAAAUCCUAUUUUAAACUACGAAAAGGCUGUUGAAGACGACCAUUUUCUGAACCAAGAGAAAACGUCAACUGUUCUACAGCGUUCUCUUAGGCAGACAGCGCCGCAAGAAGAUUCGACCUUCCGUUCAAGAUACAUCUCAAACAUCUACGGAGACUCACUACUAUCCCGUAACAAAGUGGAAAAACAAACCAGCAACACCCUUGGUGUAACAGAAAGUGUACGGAACUCUUCGCCUUUCAGCUACAGACAAUCGGAAAGCAAAUUUAAGUUCACAAGUGACGACAACCCGACUGUGAAACACCUGCAACAUGACCACCAAGAUCUCAACACCAGACAAACUGUUGUGAGUGUAGAAGAGAGGGCUGAGCAAACAGAGGAUCGGAGAUUGAGACGGUCAGACCACACGAAGUUGACUAGCGAGGAACAAGAACUCAUGUUACUGGAUGUUCUGCACCAGAAGACCAAUUCUACCAGCAGAGGAUUCGAGUCAACCUUGGCUCAUAUGCUGGGAAAAAUGAUUCCUCAAACAUGCUGGUACAACAGCUUCAAGUUUGAUUGCGGCCUCAGCAUCUCCUGCGUGCUGGCUGGCGGGAAGCCCCUGGACCUGUGCAGCGGUGGGCUUCUCUGGAGCUGCUGUGUGUCCCGCGACAAGAUACACACGAACCAGCAGGAACCGAAUGUGGGAGCCCUCGAGAAUGCCACUUGUGGAGAAUUGUAUACAAGAAGUAAUCGCAUCGUGGGUGGACACAGUUCUAACUUUGGUAGCCAUCCAUGGCAAGUAGCACUCAUCAAGACAGGUUUCCUAUCCAAAAAACUAUCCUGUGGGGGGGCUUUGCUCAACAACAGGUGGAUUGUAACAGCUGCCCAUUGUGUGGCCACCACCACUAACAGCAACCUGAGGGUGCGCCUUGGGGAGUGGGAUGUGAGAGACCAGUCAGAGAGACUCCACCACGAAGAGUUUGGUGUGGAACGAAAAGAGGUGCACCCCCAGUACAGUCCCACAGACUUCCGCAAUGAUGUUGCCCUUGUGAAACUGGACAAGGCAGUGGUUUUCAAGCCGCACAUCAUCCCUGUGUGCUUGCCUGACACCAGCGUGAAGCUUGUGGGCAAGACUGCCACGGUAGCAGGCUGGGGCAGGACUCGCCAUGGGGUGUCAACUGUACCAACUGUACUACAAGAGGUGGAUGUUGAGGUGAUAUCCAACGAUCGAUGUCAACGCUGGUUUCGAGCUGCUGGUCGGCGGGAAACAAUACAUGACGUAUUCCUGUGUGCAGGCUUUAAGGAAGGUGGUAGAGACAGCUGUCAGGGUGACUCUGGAGGACCAUUGACAACAACAAUGGAUGGACACAAAGUUCUGAUUGGACUAGUAUCCUGGGGAAUUGGUUGUGGGAGAGAACACCUACCAGGAGUAUACACCAACAUCCAGAAAUUUGUACCAUGGAUAGAUAAGGUCAUGGUUUAACAGACGAAGAUUAUGAAAAUUGUUCCAAAACUAAAGUCUGAAGCAGUAAGCGAAUAUUUCUGUAGUUUCUGCCUCAGUGGAUUUUUUUCCAUAAACCAAAGCAUGCGCUGUAGGACAAACAGGGUUGUGCCAUUUGAAUACACCUAAUGACGUGUCAUAUAAUACUGAGCUUUAUUCUAUCUAAAGUUACUGAGUCUGUGUUUUAUCAGCAAGUCCUUGUAUGACAUGUCAAUUUUAUUAAAUUCAGAAUGUUCCUUGAGGGAAGUUUAAAAAUUCUCAAAAGGUUGGUAACAGUGACAGAUUUAUCAUACCAUAAUUAUGUUGGAUACUAUCCAUUGUCUAAGGAAUAUUUAAUACAAAUGAUGAUGUGGGAGUUGAUGCUGCUGUUAUCUCAAGAUAACUGGUUAUUUAUUCUAAUGACAUAAAUUUUGUAUUAUUUUUAUUUACAAUAUUAGUGACAGAAAUAACUUCUAGCUGCCCUAGUGGUCUAUUGACAAACAUAAACACAUAGUAUUCAAAGAAUUCUGGAUUUUAUCCUGAUCAGUAAUGUAAAUAUAAAAUAUAAUCAUAAUAAAAUAAAAUUCACCUGAAGACAGGAAUGGAGUAAACUCCUAAAUGUCAUGCAUAUUGAACCUCAGAAAAUGGUUUUGUGAAGAGAAAAUUGUUUGUUUAUGGUUAAAUUUAAUGAUAUUAUCUGUGACUCAAACUGCUCAAUGUCAAAUGACUCAAGGAAAGUGAACGAUGAUCAGGAAAGGACGCGAAAAGAAUCAAGAGGUCACAAUAUAAUUUAAAGCACUGCCAUGUCAUUCACCUGGGGUAGAGUGAAGAAAACCAUAAAAACCUCAGUCAGGAUAGUCAGUGUAUUGGGUUGAGAUUUGAAUCAGGUAUCUCCCUACUUCAUAUAAGAAGAGAACUGCUGAGUUUUCUGGUUCAUCAUUUGAAGAGACUUGUUAGAAUUCACUGAAUCCUGGAUAUCCUGUUGGAUUAUUGAAUUUGUUACAAACAGCAGACAAGAAAAUCACAGGAAGAGGGUCUGGGCUGUAUGGGAGAUAUAAACACAACUGUUAACCUGUGAUUCUUAUGGAUACAGUGGGCACUGGUGCCUGUCCACACAGCACAUCCCAGUGUAAAAAGGUGGACCUGAAAUACUCAUGGACACAGUGGCCAAAGGUGCCUGUCCACACUUCACUUCAACAUAUCCUGAGGUGCAAAUACAGACCUGUGAUACUUCCAGACCACAGUGGACUAAGGUGGCAGUUCACAUCCUGUGGUACAACUGUGGCUUUGUGGCACUUGUAGACACAGUAGCCAAAAUUCUCAUUCAACACAGCAUAUCCUUCAGUCACUGUCAAAGUUUUCAACACAAUCUGCACCAGUCUAGAUUUUUGUGUGAACAUGAGCACGCGUGCGUGGGCAUGUGUGUGUGUAUGAGAAGGGGAGAGAGAGAGAGAGAGUAUGCACAUAUGUGGAAACCUGCAUUUUCAUGCACCAACAGCAUCCUCUGAUGAUGUUUCUAGUGUAUCACAAUGUUGUGUACCUGUCCUACCUUAGUACUGAAUAUCUUUUGAAUUUUCUGCACGACAGGUUUAUCACAGUAAGGCAUGUAACUGCUGUGUCAUUUUAAUGUUGAACAACUGACACUCUUAACAAAUAAUAUCUGAUCAUGCAGUCUAUUUGAACACAUCCUGUGAACAUAUUUCUUCUGAAGAAACUUCCUGUACAAAUAAAUGAAUUGUCAAUA